AUGAGUUGCACGGACGAACCCGAACCGGCGAAGUCUAAGGAAGAAAGCCAAUCAAACAGCGAUCAGUUGCUGCUGCGGCUGGAGGAAAAGUUUAAAUACAGGUAUACGGACCAAGACCCCAGCUACAUGAAAGUGGUCAACAAACCUCCGGUACCGCCGCCUUGUGUCUACCCUUGGUUCGUUCAAAACAGGAGGCCCUUUGGGCGACGGGGAGGUCAUCAGGGUGGCUAUGAUCGUGGCCGUGACAGGAGUGACUACCGGCAAGACAGCUGGAGCAGAGCUGGUGGCAGCAGCAGGAACUGGGAAGACCGGGAUCGAAGCAGAGACUACCAGGACCGUGGCAGGGACUAUCGGGACCGUAGUGGGGACUACCAGGACCGUGGUAGGGAGUACCAGGACCGUGGUAGAGGCUACGAUAACCGAAGUAGUGGCGGUCACUAUCGAAGCAGGGACGACGGGGAUCGUGGUGGAGGGGGCUACGAAGACCGUGGCAGGGGACGUGGCAGGGGCUACCAGCAGAGGAGGGACUACUGAGCUAGAGGUCCUUUGCGGAGCAGACUCUACCUGGUACCUUUGGUUAUGGGGGCUCUCUUUAGCUGUCCCCUAGCCUACCCGUGGGACGGCUGUGGUCUUUUACGAGCAGCCCUUUGGUGUAAGGGUCUGCGGGGGACUUUUGUAUCUUGUUUCUUACAAGAGUGUAGUCCUGGGAAUUCAACAUGAGGGGCCGAAGUGACUGAGUGUUUAGACUGGUGCGUUGCUGCACUUCAUCUAUGUUUUCAUGCUCUGUUCAUCCUUUUUAAGUAUAACAUAGAGGGAACAUGCACGAGGGAUGAGGUCACGCUGCCACAUUACAGUGCCGACAUAUGAUUGAUUCGGAUCAAAGUAGGGCACCGUAUUGAGGUUUCAUACUUGAUUUUGGUUGGCUUCCUUUUUAAAGGUGCCUAUAAUUUGCACCCAUGCACAUUGGGUGUGAAGCGUGCGGUGGAGAUCGGCCCUGCAAUAUACUCCGUUUCAUUUUAUGAUGGAUCGCAGCAGGUGCUGCAAGCCAUCAGAGCCAAUCCAAUGCCUUUCAAGUCAGAUGACCUUCAGGAGGGGUGCAGCGAUACACUGGGCGCAUAGUCACGUGAUACGUUCAUGGUGUUUGACUGGCCGGUUUAGCUCAUAAUGUCUGCUGGGGUUCAUUGUGAGAUUAAACGGGGUGUAAAUAUAUUCAAGCUGAAGAAGUAUAUGAUGCUACAUUUAACUGAACAGUUCAGUUGCAUGUGAGGAAUGUAUGAAGAGAAAACGACGCCACUGGAGAUGUAAUCUCUGAUAUUUCAUAAAAGGUUCUUCGUUUUAGUUGUUUGGAGCUGGCGUGUUUGUUUUCUCAGUUCUCAUAGUCAUUGCUAGGUUCGGUUUUGACUUUCUUGUAAGGACCAGUCAGUGCACCAUGUGAAACAAGGAUGCCUUGUUUUUCAGCAGAGUUCACCCAACUCUGGUCGGACCUGUGAGGUUAUGCAUUAUCUCGCUUGUUGCGCACGGUGCCGUGGAGGACAAGGGUCGGAGAGAGAGAAAAGCUGCUUUUGUAUGUAUUUUGAAUGACUGGCUUUGAGGGGGAGGAAAGUGAUGAUGGGGUACACAAAAGAGUGUCCGGGUUAGAGGGGAGUUCCCCCUUCCCUUCCAACUGUUAACUCUGAUCCCUGCACCUUGGUAGCACUGCACACAACUAGUGAGGUAUGCCGAGCUUCCCUCUGACUGCAUUCGACACGAUAUUUGCAUAAAUGGCAUACGACCCACACUUAUUUUACGGGCAAUAAAUGUGUUUGUGGUGCACAUUUUAUGUGCGCUUGUUUCA